GACGUCACGUGCAUUCUUCUCGUCUGCGUUCCUGAUGCAGGGUGGGUCACGUGGUCAUUCCCUUUUCCCUAUAGUUCCUUAGGAAGAGCGCAACAAACACAGGCAGUUCACCAGGGUUUGAGACGCAGCUUGUGUGUCGCGCUCUCAAUCUCGGACAGCGCACUGGUCCACCUGGAUGCCGUGACUUUUGUUUCUUUGCAUUCAAUCCAAACAACAGAGACACUUUGAAAAUGGCUGGAGCAAUUAUUGAGAAUAUGAGCACCAAAAAGUUGGUGAUUGUGGGAGUAAUUCUCCUUUUAUUCCAGGCGUUCUCCUUUAUGGUCGGAGGACUGAUUGCUCCGAGCCCCACCACUGCCGUCCACUACCUGGCCACCAAGUGUGUGGACACGGUGAAAACACACCAUAAGGGCUCCAAGUGGUUCAUGCCAUGGGGCCCCGACCAGUGCAGCAAGAUCAGAGACUUUGAUGAGGCCAUGGCCAAGAGAAUCGAGGCCAACAACAUUGUGUUUGCAGUCCACAUUCCACUGCCCAACAGAGAGAUGAGUGCCUGGUUCCAGUUUAUGUUGGUUAUCCUCCAGUUUGACAUUGCCUUCAAAAUGCAAAACCAGAUUGAAGAUGGAUCUUUGGUCACCAUGGAUGUUGGUCUGGCCUACAGAGACAGCACUCUGAGUGAGUGGACUGAGAUGGCCCAUUCAAUAGAGCAUCGCAAAUUGAGCUGCAAUUUCACUGCCACAAAGACUUAUGAGAACGAGGGGCGCUACUAUGAUUGUGACCUGUUGCCCUUUAUGGAGGUUGGCAGUGUGGCCCAUAAGUACUAUCUUCUCAACAUCCGACUUCCUGUUAAUGAACGCAAAAAAGUCAACAUGGGGAUUGGAGAAAUCAAAGACAUUCGUCUAGUGAGCAUUCAUCAAAAUGGUGGCUUCACCAAGGUUUGGUUUGCCAUGAAGACGUUCCUCACUCCCAGCGUCCUCAUUAUCAUGAUCUGGUACUGGAGGAGAAUCACCCAGAUGACCAGGCCACCUGUUCUCCUGGAAAAGAUUAUCUUUGCUCUGGGAAUCUCCAUGACAUUCAUCAAUAUCCCAGUUGAAUGGUUCUCAGUGGGUUUCAACUGGACCUGGAUGCUGCUGUUUGGUGACAUCCGCCAGGGCAUCUUCUACGCAAUGCUGCUUUCUUUCUGGAUCAUCUUCUGUGGAGAACAUCUCAUGGGCCUCAUCUUCCGCUUCAAGUUCCUGAUGUUGGUCACACUAGCAUGUGCUGCAAUGACUGUCAUCUUCUUCAUCAUUAGCCAGCGGAUCAAGCUGGAAAUAGUGGUGAAGACAUACAGUUGA